AGGGGAGGGAGGGCAGGGAGGGGGUGCAGGUGAAGGGCUCCGAGUCUGUGGAGAAACAGGUUGUGCGGCUUUGCGGCAGGGGCUGUGGAGGGUCAUGCUUCAUGAGUUAAGUGGAUUUCGGACAGAGACCCCUCGUGCAUCGCCGCCCCAAUGUGGGGCCCUUUUCCGGAUGGCGGGAACGUCCGGCCGGGAGCGACGAACCAGCUGGAUGCUCCUCGGCCACUCAACUGGACCAUACGGAAACUGUGCCAUGCAGCCUUCCUCCCGUCUGUGCGCCUGCUUAAGGCACAGAAAUCAUGGAUAGAAAGAGCGUUCAGCAAGAGAGAAUGUGUGCACAUUAUUGUAAGCACCAAAGACCACCAUAGGUGUUGCUGUGGCCGUCUAAUUGGUCAACAUGUUGGCCUGCCCCCCAGCAUCUCAUCCAAUCAGAAUGAGAAGUCAGAGCGUGUGCCAAAGAAUGACAGCUUGUCAGAGAAGUGGUCCAUCAGCAAGCACACCCAGCUCAGUCCCACCGAUGCUUUUGGGACCAUUGAGUUCCAGGGAGGUGGACACUCCAAUAAAGCAAUGUAUGUACGAGUGUCUUAUGACACAAAGCCUGACUUACUGCUGCAUCUGAUGACAAAGGAGUGGCAACUGGAGCUUCCCAAGCUGCUCAUCUCUGUUCACGGAGGACUUCAAAACUUUGAGCUGCAGCCCAAACUAAAGCAAGUCUUCGGCAAAGGUCUUAUCAAGGCUGCAAUGACCACUGGGGCCUGGAUAUUCACUGGAGGAGUUAAUACUGGAGUCAUCAGACAUGUUGGUGAUGCUCUAAAAGAUCAUGCUUCAAAAUCACGAGGGAAGAUCUGCACUAUCGGCAUUGCCCCCUGGGGGAUUGUGGAGAAUCAGGAAGACCUGGUGGGCAAAGAUGUGGUCCGGCCAUACCAGACGAUGUCUAACCCUCUUAGCAAGCUAACGGUACUCAACAGCCUACACUCGCACUUCAUUUUGGCUGAUAAUGGCACCACUGGAAAGUACGGAGCAGAAGUCAAACUGCGCAGGCAGCUGGAGAAGCACAUCUCUCUGCAAAAGAUCAACACACGGAUCGGACAGGGUGUUCCAGUGGUGGCUCUGAUAGUGGAGGGGGGUCCGAAUGUCAUCUCUAUUGUCCUGGAGUACCUGAGAGACACUCCUCCAGUGCCUGUGGUGGUGUGUGACGGCAGCGGUCGAGCCUCUGACAUCCUGGCCUUUGGGCACAAGUACUCAGAAGAGGGCGGAAUCAUAAACGAAUCUUUGAGAGACCAGUUAUUAGUCACCAUUCAGAAGACGUUCACAUACAGCCGGACGCAGGCCCAGCAUCUCUUCAUAAUUCUGAUGGAGUGCAUGAAGAAGAAAGAACUGAUAACAGUAUUUCGGAUGGGAUCAGAGGGACAUCAGGACAUUGAUCUAGCCAUUCUCACAGCACUUCUGAAAGGAGCGAAUGCAUCAGCUCCAGAUCAGCUAAGUCUGGCUUUGGCCUGGAACAGAGUUGACAUCGCCCGGAGCCAGAUCUUCAUUUAUGGACAGCAGUGGCCUGUGGGUUCUCUGGAGCAGUCUAUGCUGGACGCACUAGUGCUGGACCGAGUGGACUUUGUGAAGCUGUUGAUUGAGAACGGAGUGAGCAUGCACCGUUUCCUGACACUCUCCAGACUUGAAGAGCUUUAUAAUACGAGGCACGGACCAUCCAACACCUUGUACCACCUUGUCAGAGAUGUGAAAAAGGGUAACCUGCCCCCCGACUACCGCAUUAGCCUGAUUGACAUCGGAUUGGUUAUUGAAUACCUCAUGGGUGGAGCCUAUCGCUGCAAUUACACCAGGAAGAGAUUUCGGACCCUCUAUCACAACCUCUUUGGACCCAAAAGACCAAAAGCCCUGAAGCUGCUUGGAAUGGAGGAUGACAUGCCCAUUAGACGAGGGCGUCAGAAGACUACACGGAAGCGAGAGGAGGAAGUAGACAUUGACCUGGAUGACCCAGAAAUCAAUCAUUUCCCUUUCCCAUUCCAUGAGCUGAUGGUUUGGGCCGUGCUGAUGAAACGGCAGAAGAUGGCACUGUUCUUCUGGCAGCAUGGAGAGGAGGCCAUGGCUAAAGCGCUGGUGGCCUGUAAGCUCUGUAAGGCAAUGGCUCACGAAGCAUCUGAGAACGACAUGGUAGAUGACAUUUCACAGGAGCUCAAUCAAAACUCAAGGGAGUUUGGUCAGCUGGCUGUUGAGCUGCUCGAUCAGUCCUAUAAGCAGGAUGAACAGAUGGCUAUGAAGCUGUUGACCUACGAGCUGAAGAACUGGAGUAAUGCCACCUGUCUGCAGCUGGCAGUGGCUGCCAAGCACCGGGACUUCAUCGCCCACACCUGUAGCCAGAUGCUGCUCACAGACAUGUGGAUGGGACGUCUGCGCAUGCGCAAGAACUCUGGCCUGAAGGUUAUCUUGGGCCUGCUUCUCCCCCCUUCCAUAUUGAGUCUGGAGUUUAAAAAUAAAGACGAGAUGUCAUAUAUGCCUCAGGAUCAGGACACUUACCUGCAGGAGAAGGAUGUGGAUGAACCCGAGAAACAAGCUAAGGAGAAAGAGGAGGAGGACAUGGAGUUCACAGUAAGAUCUUACUGUGAGACGCAGUACAACUCCGUGGCUAUGCUGGGAAACGUCAGUUCAGAAGCGUCGCGCAAGAAACAGGUGGAGGAGGUACAGAACCGACAUCGGCUCAUUCCACUGGGCCGCAAAAUAUAUGAGUUUUACAACGCCCCUAUCGUCAAGUUCUGGUUUCACACGCUGGCGUAUGUAGGAUACUUGAUGCUCUUCAAUUAUAUUGUGCUGGUGAAGAUGGACCUGUGGCCUUCUCCUCAGGAGUGGAUUGUUAUUGCCUACAUAUUCACGAAUGGCAUCGAGAAGAUGAGAGAGAUCCUGAUGUCCGAGCCGGGGAAGCUGCUUCAGAAGGUGAAAGUGUGGUUACAGGAAUACUGGAACAUCACUGACCUCAUGGCCAUCCUCAUCUUCUCCAUCGGGAUGGUGCUUCGUCUGCAGGACCCGCCGCUGAUGAGCUACGGCAGGGUCAUUUACUGCGUCAACAUCAUUUAUUGGUACAUACGACUCCUCGACAUCUUCGGAGUGAACAAAUACCUGGGUCCAUACGUCAUGAUGAUCGGCAAGAUGAUGAUUGACAUGAUGUAUUUUGUGAUCAUCAUGUUGGUGGUGCUGAUGAGUUUCGGUGUGGCGCGUCAGGCUAUCCUCAAUCCCAAUGAAGACCCGUCCUGGAUGCUGGCACGCAACAUCUUCUUCAUGCCAUACUGGAUGAUCUACGGAGAGGUGUUUGCUGACCAAAUCGACCAUGUGAAUAGUAGGAAGCUACAUCCCAAAGUGAAUGACAAACUCUGGCUGGUCGAAAAUUACAUGCGCACUCAAGGAACUGGGCGUAACAGUGCUCCUUGUGGUCAGAACAUCACCACAGAAGAAGGAGUCGUCAUGCCUCUUCCACCCUGCAAAACUGGAGCUUGGAUUGUCCCUGCCAUAAUGGCCUGCUAUCUGCUGGUGGCCAACAUCCUACUGGUUAACUUGCUCAUUGCUGUCUUUAAUAACACUUUCUUUGAAGUCAAGUCCAUUUCCAACCAGGUGUGGAAGUUUCAGAGGUACCAGCUGAUCAUGACCUUCCAUGAACGGCCUGUCCUUCCUCCUCCACUCAUCAUCUUCAGCCACAUAACUAUGGUUCUCAAACACCUGUGCUGUCGCUGGAGGAAGCACGAUGAGGAUGAACGGGAUUAUGGGCUGAAGCUUUUCAUCACUGAAGAUGAACUGAAGAAAGUGCAUGACUUUGAAGAGCAGUGUAUGGAGGAAUAUUUCAGAGAGAAAGAUGACCGCUUCAAUUCCUCCAAUGACGAGAGGAUACGUGUGACAUCUGAAAGGGUGGAGAACAUGGCGAUGCGAUUAGAGGAAGUGAAUGAGAGGGAACAUUUCAUGAAAGCGUCCCUGCAGACUGUGGACAUCCGGCUUGCCCAGAUGGAGGAGAUGAUCGGCCGCAUUGCUGUGGCCCUGGAGAGGGUUGCUGGAAUGGACAGAGGCGAAGUCAACAAAGCCCGGUCCAGGACAUCAUCAGACUGCACUGAUACCAAUUACAUCCUGCGCCAGAGCAGUUUUAACAGCCAAGAAGGCAAUUCCUACAGGCUACAGGAGUCUCUGGAGCAGGGUGGCGAGGAGUCCAUUUCCCCUACUUCCCCAACCGCCCUGGCACCACGUGUCCGCAGUCACUCCUUCUAUGUGAGCCACUCUUCCAAAGACAGGAGUGGGGCGGACCGUGGAGAGGGCUUCUUUAAAGACAAGUUGUUCAGCCUCCAUCGGGCCAACAGCUCACAGUCUGUGUCCUCAGGAGCAGGUGCCAAAGAGUCCAAGCCAACACCUUUGAAUACUUUAUCUGUGCAGCAGCAGCUCCGCCCUUCUUCCUGCAUAGACAUCUAUGUUUCUGCCUCAGAAGACGUCCCACCCACUGAGAGUUUCUUGGAUUCGGGUCGGACAGUUCCAACUCUGGCUCGAGACUCAUCUCUUCAUUCGGAGAUCAUGGAGGCUGUGCUUUCAGGGGGACGGGACUGCAGUGGAAGGGCAGGCGGCAGCGAAAGACAGUCGGAUGGUACGGUCCUGUUUGAGGACAGCGCCGCCGCUGACCUAUCGCUCUGCUCUGCCCACCUGCUGCCGGAUUCCUUGCCCCCCUGGGACCUGGACCCCUCACCGCCACCAUCAGCUGGUGUACUAGAGCGGUCCAAAAGUAGUCGCUUCCUGUCUACAGCAGGGCCUCUGUUUCUGGACGAGCCACAAUUGGUUAAGUCACACAGUCUGAUGUUCACAUCACGUGGGUACUAUGGUGGCAUGGGUGUGCAGGUGAAGGCGGCCGAAUACACCAGCAUCACAGAUUGCAUCGACACCCGUUGCGUCUCAACCCCUUACCCUGUCCCAGAGCGGUCAGACUCACCUGGAGGAUCUUUCACCUUUGAUAAGCCUCAAGACCUGGGCGUCUCGCACCCUGAGAGAGACGCUGAGCUCAGCCACGCCGAGUCUGAUCUAGAGGAGCCAGCCGAGGGUUCGGGAGACACAGGUAAGGUGGGUCAGAGUAGCAGUAGCGGAGGAAUAGGUGCAGACCUCGGCCUGGGCCUUGCACUAGGCCCGUUUUGCUCACCCAUCUCUAGACUAGAGCGAGCAAACAGCUGCUCAUCUUCAGAGGAGUCGCACUCCAACAUCUACUCUCGAAAGAGCUUCUCAAUAAGCGAGAGAAUGGACAAGGGCCGGGGGAGCUCCAGGAACCCUUUCCAGAAGGCCAGAGCCGGGGCAAGGCUGGAGGGUAAGACAGACUCACUGUCUAUGAGGAAAAUGGCCAAACCGUCAGCUUUCAGAAGUUUUGACAGCAGACACAACUACACGUGAUGAUGGCAGACCGGUAGUGGUGGCACUGUAGAUCUAGUUCCUGUAGGAUGGCUCUACCUCGUUUCAAAUCCAAGGGCCAGUCCGUUAAUUAGUACUGUCUGAGUGAGUAAUUAGCUGUGCACUGGAAUCUUUUAUCAUGGGUAACAACUGCCCGUUCAUUUCCUGUUAUAACACUGCAAUGCAAAGUCAGAUUUUCUUUAGAAUUCAUCAGUUUGGAACUUUAGAACCACUGGCAUUAGGCCGACAUUCGUAUAAAGUUCCUUUAAGUUGGAAAGUGCUCUGGAAGUGUUGUUGGGGAUGUAUCCAUAAUGAGAGGAAAACUUUGAGAUUUGAGGCCUGUUUACACCAGGAUGGAUGUUGUGCAAAAAUGCUGCAGUAAGUGUUUUUUAUUGUUUGACUUCAUUUUCCCUUUAAAAAAAGGAACAAGUGUCAAAACUGAAAGGCUGCC